ACUGAUUACUUCCGUUUUGUUCCAUAUCACACUCCCACACUACAUUCCGACUGUCGAGCUAAGGAGGACUUCAGAGUCGGCAUCUGAGAUUCAAGCUUGUUUAAGGAGGACCAGCUGCACAUAGGAGCUCUUCAAAUGUGCGCCGCCGUCUGCGUGAUGGUCACGGUGCCGACCGAAGCCGAGGAACUGAAACUGUACCCCAAGCCGCCGGCUGCCACCUCAUAUUGCUCCAGCUGCGGUGGUUGUGUAAGGAGCAGGUGCUCAGAGGCACCCAGUAUCGAGCUGUGCGAGCGCUGUUGGCGCUUGACUCAGAUAGCCGGGAGCAGUGUGCAUUGCGAGGCCGCUCCGUUGGCGUCCGGCAAUGCGUCAGCUCCUAAGUGCCAGAGCAGAGCCUUGCAGCUGCCCAACCUUAAGGAGGAUGCCUCGUUGGAGCAGCUGCUGAGGGCCAUUGCCCAGGAGCUGCGGUUGGAGGACGUCUUCUGGUCGCACGACAUCGGCGGGAGGCAGCUCCAGGCACGCUUCGACCUUCUGCAGGACGAGCGAUACGAGAUGUUGCUGUGCACGCUGCAGGACUGGGGAGUUGGUGAGCGACCCGGCACCCAUGUGUCCGCCCUCACCUGUCUGGAAACGCGGGCUAAGCCCGGCCUCCAGGCCCGGCCCAGACAGGACCACGACAAUGUCGUGGAUCAGCACCAGGAAAAGAGCCAGGGCUGGCAGAGCUUUAUGGACUCUGUACGAUGCAGGCUGAAUGUCAACCAAGUGGUGCGCCAGGUGCGGCGGGAUGCCACCCUGACCUUUGACUUCGUGGUGCUGCUCAUGGCUGCCGCCUUGCUCUCGUGCGUGGGUCUCGUCGAGAAUAGCUUCCUCUUUCUAUCCAGUUCCAUGCUGAUCUCCCCCUUGAUGGGUCCCAUCAUAGCGGCCAUAUUCGGUUCUGUGAUCGGCGAUCGGGACCUGCGGUGGCUAGGUCUGAAGAACGAGCUCUUGGGCAUAGCUGCGUCCGUGAUCAUUGGAUUCGUCUUUGGGGGCAUAGUCUGUGCUUUCGGCCACUUCUUUGCCAUAUCCACGGGUCUCACGGAGGAAAUCGUAUCGCGAUGCGAAACACACUCCCUUGCCAUCGGAGUAUGCACCGCCCUGGCCUCGGGGGCAGCGGGCGCCAUAGCGGUUUUGGGUGGCAAUACGGGCUCCCUGGUGGGCGUGGCCAUCUCGGCCUCCCUGCUGCCGCCUGCUGUUAAUGCGGGACUUCUCUGGGCCCUGGCAAUCGGAGUCCACUUGCUGCCGGCCGACCAUGAGCCCGUGGCCAGUCUGGUGAAACACAGGCUGUACUCCUCGCAACUCUCCGUGGAGCUGCUGGUCUGCGCAGCUGUCAGCAUGGGCCUCACCCUCCUCAACAUAAUUUGCGUUUGGCUGAUGGGAGUAUUGGUCCUGAGGAUUAAGGAGGUUGCUCCAGCGGUUCGGCGGCACCAGAAGUUUUGGCGCCAUGACGUCCGCACAGCACGCGAGGUGGCCCUACUAGACCCGGCCCUGCAGAGCGCCCUAGAUCGCCUGGACGAGUCACAACUGGAUGCGGACACGUCGCACUACCAGCGCUCCUGGUCACCGGGGAUUGAUCGUCAGGCCGCCUCGCACACGGGAAUCGGGAGCUACGACAUUAACCUGUCCAGCAGCAAGGAUCAGCCGAACAACUAUCACACGGUGCACGGCUUCCAGGAGUUCUGCAUUACGCUGCACCGCCUUAAGUCUGCACCCAAGGUCGUCCCACCGCCGACCAUAAUAGAGCUGUUUACUCGCCCGGCACCCAACUCCGACCAGACGACCACUGAGGGCAGUGGCUUCAGUAGCAGCCGCAGCUUACCGGACAUCAGCAGCCAUUCCCGUUUCUGGCCACAUGGACCUUCUAGUGCCAUGAGCAUCCAAGGCUUGUGCUUUGGUUCAGCCAGGAGCGGGGAUUCCGGACCCGCUGUCUCUACGGCAGCGAGCCCAAACAGGGAACGCGGAAAGCGGAGUGUCCACUGGCGACAGGAGAAACUAGAAAGGGACCUCGUCCCGAGGAACGAGGUCCUGAACAGCAGGGAAAGCAGUCCGCUCAGAGGGACCGGACAGGUUCUGCUACCCCUGCCCAGGCUAGAACGCCAUUUUUCGGCGGAUCGGACCAUAAACCUGUUACCCUACGGCAGGGCAGGGGUAGCGAGCCCCUUGCCGGAGCAAGACGAGUUCCAGGCUUAGCAGUGUGCUCAGCCCCAAGUCACCUCUUUAAACAUACUACCACCAGGCACCAGUCACCAGUCACUAGUCACCAGACACCAUAAAGAGCUCCGCAAACAUCCAAGAUGAAGCCUCCAGCUUCGUGUCCAGCUUUGAUUACUCGCCAAUCCGGCGGCGGUGUCCUUGUUUGCCGACCACUUUACGCCGCCAGCACUGGCGGUUGUGAAAUUUACAAAAAGAUGUGUAUUCUAUAAACUAUGUAAAAAUUGAUGGAAAAAAAAUAUAGCUUGGUCAGUCUA